UACUACUAUACUACUAGUAAUACUACUACUACUUCUAGUACUACUACUAAUACUAGUACAACUACUACUACUACAACUACUACUAAUAAUACUACUACUAAUAUUACUACUACUACUACCAGUACUACUACUAGUACUACUACUAAUACUACUAGUACUGAUACUACUACUACUGCUACUACUAGUACUACUACUACUACUAGUAGUACUACUACUACUAGUACUACUACUACUACCACCAAUACUACUACUACUAGUACUACUAGUAGUACUACUACUACUACAAGUACUACUACUACUACUAGUACUAGUAUUACUACUACUACUAGUACUACUACUACUAGUACUACUACUACUACUAGUACUAAUACUACUAGUACUAAUAAUAGUACUACUACUACUAGUACUACUACAACUACUACUACUAGUACUACUACUACUACUACUAGUAAUACUACUAGUACUAUGAGUACUACUACUACUACUACCAGUACUAAUAACACGACUACUACUACUAGUACUACUACUAGUACUACUAGUAAUACUACUACUACUAGUAAUACUACUAGUAAUAUUACUACUAGUAGUACUACUACUACUAGUACUACUACUACUAAUACUACUACUAGUACUACUACUACUACUACUACUAUUACUACUACUACUAUUCCUACCAAUACUAAUACUACUAUUAAUAGUACUAAUAUUAUUACUAGUAUUACUAACACUAAUACUACUACUAGUACUCCUAAUAAUAGUACUAAUAGUACUACUAAUAAUAUUACUACUACUACUAGUACUCCUCCAACUACUACUACUAGUACUACUACUAAUACUACUACGACUAUUAGUACUACUACUACUAGUAGUACUUCCACUAGUACUACUACUACUACUAGUACUAAUACUACUACUACUACCAGUACUACUACUAGUACUACUACUACUACUAGUACUACUAGUACUACCACUAGUACUACUACUAGUACUACUACUAGUACUAUUAAUAUUACUACUAUUACUACUACUAGUACUAAUACUAAUACUACUAGUGCUACUAAUAUUACUAGUACUACUACUACUAGUACUACUAAUACUACUAGUACUACUACUAAUACUAUUACUACUACUACUAUUACUAGUACUAAUAUUAUUAUAAUUAAUAUUACUACUACUAAUACUACUACUACUACUAGUAUUAAUAAUAUUACUACUACUAAUACUACUACUACUAAUAGUACUACUACUAAUACUAGUACUACUACUACUAAUACUACUACUCUACUACUAUAUUACUACUACUACUUUUCUACUAGUACUACUACUACCACUAGUACUACUACUACAACUACUAUUAGUAAUACUACUACUACUUCUAGUACUACAAUUAAUACUAGUACUACUACUACUACUACAACUACUACUAGUACUACUACUACUAGUACUAGUACUACUAGUACUAAUACUACUACUAUUACUACUAGUACUACUAAUACCACUAGUACUACUACUACUACUAGUACAACUACUACUACUAGUAAUACUACUUCUAUUUCUAGUACUACUACUAAUACUAGUACAACUAGUACUACUACAACUACUACUAAUAAUACUACUACUAAUAUUACUACUACUACUACCAGUACUACUACUAGUACUACUACUAAUACUACUAGUACUGAUACUACUACUACUGCUACUACUAGUACUACUACUACUACUACUAGUACUACUACUACUAGUACUACUACUACUACCACCAAUACUACUACUACUAGUACUACUAGUAGUACUACUACUACUACAAGUACUACUACUACUACUAGUACUAGUAUUACUACUACUACUAGUACUACUACUACUAGUACUACUACUACUACUAGUACUACUACUACUAGUACUAAUAAUAGUACUACUACUACUAGUACUACUACUACUACUACUACUAGUACUACUACUACUACUACUAGUAAUACUACUAGUACUAUGAGUACUACUACUACUACUACCAGUACUAAUAACACGACUUCUACUACUAGUACAACUACUAGUACUACUAGUAAUACUACUACUACUACUAGUAAUACUACUAGUAAUAUUACUACUACUAGUACUACUACUACUAGUAUUACUACUACUACUACUACUAAUACUACUACUAGUACUACUACUACUACUACUCCUAUUACUACUACUACUAUUCCUACCAAUACUAAUACUACUAUUAAUAGUACUAAUAUUAUUACUAGUAUUACUAACACUAAUACUACUACUAGUACUCCUAAUAAUAGUACUAAUAGUACUACUAAUAAUAUUACUACUACUACUAGUACUCCUCCUACUACUACUACUAGUACUACUACUAAUACUACUACGACUAUUAGUACUACUACUACUAGUACUACUUCCACUAGUACUACUACUACUACGAGUACUAAUACUACUACUACUACUACCAGUACUACUACUAGUACUACUACUACUACUAGUACUACUAGUACUACUACUAGUACUACUACUAGUACUACUACUAGUACUAUUAAUAUUACUACUAUUACUACUAUUAGUACUAAUACUAAUACUACUAGUGCCACUACUAUUACUAGUACUACUACUACUAGUACUACUAAUACUACUAGUACUACAACUAAUACUAUUACUACUACUAUUAUUACUAGUACUAAUAUUACUAUAAUUAAUAUUACUACUACUAAUACUACUACUACUACUAGUAUUAAUAAUAUUACUACUACUAAUACUACUACUACUAAUAGUACUAUUACUAAUACUAGUACUACUACUACUAAUACUACUACUACUACUAGUAUUACUAAUACUACUAGUACUAAUACUAAUACUACUACUACUAUUAGUACUACUACUACUAGUACUUCUUCCACUAGUACUACUACUAAUACUAGUACUAAUACUAUUACUACUACUACCAGUACUACUACUAGUACUACUACUACUAGCACUGAUACUAUUACUACUAUUGCUACUACUAGUACUACUACUACUACUAUGCUACUACUAAUAAUACUAUACUACUACUACUACUAUACUACUACUACCACUAGUACUACUACUACUACUACUAUUAGUAAUACUACUACUACUUCUAGUACUACAAUUAAUACUAGUACUACUACUACUACUACAACUACUACUAGUACUACUACUACUACUAGUACUAGUACUAAUAGUACUAUUACUACUACUAUUACUAAUAAUACUACUAAUACCACUAGUAAUACUACUAUUACUAGUACUACUACUACUACUACUAGUAAUACUACUACUACUUCUAGUACUACUACUAAUACUAGUACAACUACUACUACUACAACUACUACUAAUAAUACUACUACUAAUAUUACUACUACUACCAGUACUACUACUAGUACUACUACUAAUACUACUAGUACUGAUACUACUACUACUACUGCUACUACUAGUACUACUAAUACUACUACUAGUACUACUACUAGUACUACUACUACUACUCCUAUCACUACUACUACUAUUCCUACCAAUACUAAUACUACUAUUAAUAGUACUAAUAUUAUUACUAGUAUUACUAACACUACUACUACUAGUACUCCUAAUAAUAGUACUAAUAGUACUACUAAUAAUACUACUACUACCACUAGUACUCCUCCUACUACUACUACUAGUACUACUACUAAUACUACUACGACUAUUAGUACUACUACUACUAGUACUACUUCCACUAGUACUACUACUACUACUACUACUAAUACUACUACUACUACUACCAGUACUACUACUAGUACUACUACUACUACUAGUACUACUAGUACUACCACUAGUACUACUACUAGUACUACUACUAGUACUAUUAAUAUUACUACUAUUACUACUAGUAGUACUAAUACUAAUACUACUAGUGCCACUACUACUACUAGUACUACUACUACUAGUACUACUAAUACUACUACUACUACAACUAAUACUAUUACUACUACUACUAUUACUAGUACUAAUAUUAUUAUAAUUAAUAUUACUACUACUAAUACUACUACUACUACUAGUAUUAAUAAUACUGCUACUACUAAUACUACUACUACUAAUAGUACUAUUACUAAUACUAGUACUACUACUACUAAUACUACUACUCUACUACUAGUAUUACUAAUACUACUAGUACUACUACUACUACUAGUACCACUACUUACUACUACUAAUACUACUAGUACCACUACUACUACCACUACUACUACUACUACUACUACUACUAGUACUACUACUACUAGUAAUACUACUACUAGUACUACUACUACUAGUACUAAUACUAGUACUACUAAUACUAUUACUACUAGUACUAGUACUACUAAUACUACUACUACUAGUACUACUAAUACUAGUACUACUACUACUAGUACUACUACUACUACUACUACUAGUACUACUACUACUACUUCCAGUGCUACUACUACUACUAGUACUACUACUAGUACUAUGAGUACUAUUACUACUACUACCAGUACUAAUAACACGACUACUACUACUAGUACAACUACUAGUACUACUAGUAAUACUACUACUACUAGUAUUAAUACUACUAGUAAUACUACUACUACUAGUACUACUACUAUUAGUACUACUAAUACUAGUACUACUACUAAUACUACUACUAGUACUACUACUAGUAUACUACUACUAAUAAAA